GUCAUUCCGUAAAAGAACUUAAAACCCUAAACCCUAUUUCAUUUCAUCAACACACUCUCAUUUCUUCUUCUUCGUCGACUCCAAUUUCACACACGACUACAGGUAGUGAUCGUUUCGAGAGACCAAGCAUGUUCGCUCUUUCGAAGGUUUUGCGGAGAUCCCAGAGACUCCGACUUGGUGCUUGUAGUAGUACUGCUCUUCAUUCAAACGAGAUUCCAAUUCCAUCCAGAGAAAGAAGCUUCUCCACUCUUCAAUCUCAUUCCAUCGUUCAUGAUCAACCUGAACCCCUUCCAAGAGUUUACCAUAUGAGUAACCGUCUUCUCUCCUCGAGUGCUGGCACUAAAAGUGAUCAAGAGGAUGAUCUCGAGGACGGCUUCUCGGAACUUGAAAACUCAAAGUCAGGCCAAGAGACUAGUUCUAGUAGUAGUAGUAGUGAUGAUGAGAGUGAGGUUGAUGAGGGAAAGCUCUCUGCUGAUGAUGAUGGUGAUGAGCUGGAACUAGACCUCACUGAAACCACCGAUGAUAGUGGUAGAAAGACUUCUGAAAAGAAGCUAUCCGAGCUUUUCAAGGCCAUUGUUUCUGCUGGGGGUCUCUCUGUUGGCAGUGCACUUGAUAAAUGGGUGGAAGAGGAAGGUAAUGAGAUCAACCGUACUGAGGUUGCUAAGGCCAUGCUCCAGCUUCGUAGGCGUCGCAUGUACGGAAGAGCGUUACAGAUGUCAGAGUGGUUGGAAGCGAACAAGAAAAUUGAAAUGAACGAGAGAGACUAUGCUUCUCGUUUGGAUUUGAUUGUUAAGACACGUGGCUUAGAGAAGGGAGAAGCUUACGUGGAAAAGAUCCCCAAAUCCUUCAGAGGGGAAGUGAUGUACCGUACCCUCCUGGCCAACUGUGUGGUUGCUUGCAAUGUCAAGAAGUCUGAGCUCGUGUUCAACAGAAUGAAGGACUUGGGAUUCCCUCGCUCUGGUUUCACCUGUGACCAGAUGCUUCUCCUCUACAAGAGGGUCGACAGAAAGAAGAUCGCUGAUGUGCUUUUGCUCAUGGAGAAAGAGAAUGUCAAGCCGAGUCCUCUCACUUACAAGAUCCUCAUCGACGUCAAAGGGUCGUCAAACGACAUAAAGGGGAUGGAGCAGAUUCUGGAGACGAUGAGAGACGAAGGCGUUGAGCCGGACUACACCACGCAAGCUAUCAUCGCUAGGCACUACUCGGGAGCCGGGCUUAAAGAGAAGGCCGAGAAUGUUUUGAAAGAGAUGGAAGGUGAAAGCUUAGAGGCGAACCGCAGGGCGUUCAAGGAUUUGCUCUCUAUCUAUGCCUCUCUUGGGAGAGAAGACGAGGUGAGGAGGAUAUGGAAGAUCUGCGAAUCGAAGCCCCGCUUUGAGGAGUCCCUCUCUGCGAUCCACGCUUUUGGAAAGCUUAAUAAAGUACAAGAGGCAGAGGAGAUUUUCGAGAAGAUCAUCAAGAUGGACAGAAGGGCUUCUUCCAACACUUACUCUGUUCUCCUGAGGGUAUAUGUCGACCACAAGAUGCUCUCAAAGGGUAAGGAUCUGGUUAAGCGGAUGGCGGAGAGCGGUUGCAGGAUCGAGGCAUCGACAUGGGAUGCACUCAUCAGGCUAUACGUGGAAGCAGGGGAAGUUGAGAAGGCUGAUUCAUUGCUGAGCAAGGCAUCAAAACAGAGCCACACGAAACUGAUGAUGAGCUCUUUCAUGUACGUCAUGGACGAGUACGCGAAACGGGGAGAUGUUCAUAACACGGAGAAGAUAUUCCUAAAGAUGAGGGAAGUUGGGUAUACAUCUCGGCUUAGGCAGUUCCAAGCACUCUUGCAAGCUUACUUGAACGCCAAAGUCCCUGCAUAUGGGAUGCGAGAUAGAAUGAAGGCUGAUAAUAUCUUUCCAAACAAAGCCAUGGCUGCACAGUUGGCUCAAGGUGAUCCGUUUAAGAAGACAGCUAUCUCUGAUAUUCUGGAUUGAGUCGACUCUUUCCUCCUACUCCUUUGUUCUCUCUGGUUGCUCCUCUUGUCUUCCUAACGUUUUAGUUUGAGGCUUUGCUUAGUUACUGUAUUUUUGUAAUGUUUCUGCUUGUGGGUUAUUUGAUGGUCGAUCCACUUCAGAAACCUCCAAGCUUCAUAAAACCGGUUAGUUUGGUUUUCUGAGUAACUUUCAAUAAAAAAGAUGGAAUGUUAAAUCA